CAUCAUUUCUACACCUUGCCAUUUAUUUAGUUUUGUGUUGUGUUAAUUGUUGGUCUGUUUUGGUUUUGUCCUAAUUUCCAGGUGAAAAAAAAAAGAUUUUUUUGCCUCAAGAACUUAAGAUCAAUUUGCUGAGUAUAAUUAUGAGUGCUCAACCCAGCCCUGCCAGUGCAUCCUUAGAAAGAGAAAAGGUUUUCCAGUGGAUUUUGGAGCUAUCCAGCGCCAGUCCAGAAACCAGAGAGGAUGCUUUGUUUGAAUUGAGCAAAAAAAGGGAAAUAGUUCCAGACUUAGCGCCCAUGCUUUGGAAUAGUUUUGGUACAAUAGCAGCCCUACUGCAGGAAAUUCUGAUCAUCUACCCAGCUAUAAAUCCCCCUACUUUAACAGCCCAUAAUUCUAAUAGUUUUAGAGUAUGCAAUGCUUUGGCUUUACUACAGUGUGUCGCAUCACAUCCCGAAACUAGAUCUCAGUUUUUACUCGCCCACAUACCACUGUUUUUGUAUCCGUUUUUGCACACGGUAUCAAAAACGCGUCCUUUCGAAUAUUUACGUCUAACUAGUCUAGGUGUUAUUGGUGCAUUAGUAAAGACGGAUGAACAAGAGGUUAUAACAUUUCUACUUACAACGGAGAUCAUCCCCCUUUGCCUUAGAAUAAUGGAGGCCGGUUCAGAGUUGAGUAAAACUGUGGCUACGUUCAUCUUACAGAAAAUUCUUCUCGACGAUAGCGGUUUGUCUUAUAUCUGUCAGACUUAUGACAGGUUUAGUCAUGUAGCUAUGAUUUUGGGUAAAAUGGUACUCUCACUCGCCAAAGAGCCGUCAGCACGUCUAUUGAAACACGUUGUGAGAUGCUAUUUGAGGCUUUCUGACAAUCCUCGUGCAAGAGAGGCCUUAAGACAAUGCCUCCCGGACCAACUACGCGACACUACCUUCAAUCUGUGCCUACAAGAAGACAAAUCGACCAAGCAGUGGCUUCAAUUAUUACUGAAGAACCUGGAGUCCACCGCCGGCACCGAUCCGAGACAAGUGGGGAUGUCGCCGCUCGCUGCCCAAUAACAUACAUUGACCAGUGAAAUGCCCGAAGGUAUUACAACGUAAAUUUUCGCAAAAGUGCGUGGAUGUGAUAAGACCCUUAAGGGCGUGCCGUGACGCCACAAUGGGUAGACCUUUUCUGCUGUACAAAUUCGUUUAAUUUAUUUUAAAAUCUUAAGAUAAAUACUGAUGUACGUUUGACUUAUUUUAAAUAAAAUCGAAAACAGUGUGAUAUUAA